CCGGCUUCCCGCUCGCCUCUGCCUCCUGCCUCCUGCCUCCUGCCCCCGGCCUCGGCUCGUGCCGCCUGCCUGCCGCGGAGAGACGGCUUCGGGCCUGAAACUUGAUCUCACGCCCUAAGCCAUGCCGAGGGAGAGGAGGGAGAGGGAUGCAAAGGAACGGGACACCAUGAAGGAGGAAAGUGGCACAGAUGUCUCUGUUCGCUCCAGGAAAAGGAAGGCAAAUGUGGCUGUUUUUUUGCAGGAUCCAGAUGAAGAAAUUGCAAAACUUGACAGGACUGUGAGAAGCCAGUGCAGCAGUCAGCCUUGGGACGGUAAUUCUGUGUGUGAAAACCCCUGCUCCUUGAUUCCCACACCGGACAAAGAAGAGGAUGAGCCGGCAUACCCAAGUUCCGCGUGUGGACCGCAGAGUUUCAUGCCCUCCAGAGCCUCGCCACUGCCUAUACUGAACUGGGCAAAUAGAGACGAGGUCUGGAAAAUCAUGCUAAACAAGGAAAAGACAUACUUAAGGGAUAAGCACUUUAUGCAGCGGCACCCUCUCCUGCAGCCUAAGAUGCGAGCAAUUCUUCUGGAUUGGUUAAUGGAGGUAUGCGAAGUCUAUAAACUUCACAGAGAGACAUUUUACUUGGCACAGGAUUUCUUUGAUCGGUAUAUGGCAACACAACAAAAUAUUGUUAAAACACUUUUACAGCUUAUUGGGAUUUCAUCUUUAUUUAUUGCUGCCAAACUUGAGGAAAUCUAUCCUCCAAAGCUACACCAGUUUGCUUAUGUUACAGAUGGGGCUUGUUCAGGAGAGGAAAUUCUUAGCAUGGAAUUAAUCAUUAUGAAGGCCCUUAAGUGGCACUUAAGUCCCCUAACCAUUGUGUCCUGGCUGAAUGUAUAUAUGCAGGUGGCAUAUCUAAAUGACUUAUAUGAAGUGCUCCUGCCACAGUAUCCCCAGCAAAUCUUCAUACACAUCGCAGAGCUUUUAGAUCUUUGUGUCCUGGAUGUUGGCUGCUUAGAAUUUCCCUAUGGUGUACUUGCUGCUUCUGCCUUGUAUCAUUUCUCUUCAUCUGAAUUAAUGCAAAAGGUUUCAGGGUAUCAGUGGUGUGAUAUAGAGAAGUGUGUCAAGUGGAUGGUUCCAUUUGCCAUGGUUAUAAGGGAGACAGGGAGCUCAAAACUUAAGCACUUCAGGGGAGUUCCUGCUGAAGAUGCGCACAACAUCCAGACCCAUAUAAACAGCUUGGAUUUGCUGGACAAAGCCCAAGCAAAGAAAGCCAUAUUGUCUGAACAAAAUAGGAUUUCUCCUCUCCCCACCGGGGUCCUCACCCCCCCACAGAGCAGUAAGAAGCAGAGCAGUGAGCAGGGGACCGCGUGACCACAUCAGCAUCCUCCACCAAAGACAGCUGUGCAGAAGUGCCCGCUCCAAGUUCCCUGCUGCACACUGGGGCGGAGGCGCGCGUUAGCUUUUACAGAUAUGUCAGCAGAAGAGCAUGUCUCUUCUGCGACCGAAGUGUUUCUGUGGAUGGCAUUGGACAGGGACAAGUGUUUUUUAUUGAAUGCUUAGAUUUUUUGAAAUAAGUGGGUCGAGUACACCAGCCACCUCCAGAACACCAAUGAGUGCUCCAGAUGCUGCUAAGGAGGGUGAUACUUGACUUGAUUGACUGUUCACACACGGAACAAAGGCUUGAAGUUGCGGAGUGCCACGUUGCUGUGGGCUCCCCUCGGGUGUGCUGGGUUGUGUCGUAUUGAGGGGAACAGGUGGUUGUGAGCAUUGUGAUGUGGAGCCCACAACCAGCUGUGCUGGGGGCCUGCCCUUUUCACACUAUCAGUUGACAAUGUACAAUGCCUUUUAUGAACUGUUAUUUUGUUAUUUUGUAAGUGCUGCUACGUCUGUCCGUUUUUUUAAUAAAGAUAACACUGUCUUUGAGACAGCUCGUUUUA